AUGGUGCCCCAUUUCAUUGGUCGACAACAAAGUGUUGAAGAAAUUUCGCGUGUGUUGACAUCCAUAUCUGCUCGGCUAGUCUCUGUAUCUGGACCCCCUGGUUUUGGAAAAACCUCAUUGGCAAUUGCAGUAGGACACCAGCUAAGACAGCUCGGACUACCAGUUUAUUUCCUUUCCUUGAGAAGCGUCAAGACAGCGGAAGAGCUGACCUCUGACCUCUUAAACACAUUUGCAAAUGCGUCUGAUGUAACGGGGGGAGAGCGUUCAAAACUAUGCAGACUCCUCAGUGCAAUUCCUUCUAAUAUCUGCAUCAUCCUCGAUAACGCCGAUGUCCUUUUUGAGAGUGGUGGUGAAACGAGCCAAGAAGUAUUCGACCUUUUGGAAAAGAUCUUUUCUGAUUGCAAGAAUGUGUCCUUUCUACUGACCACAAGAGCGAGUCUUCAAUCGGUGCUGGGAAGAAAAUUUGCUGGUCACACGUCUAUCGGUGUUGUAUCGCUAGACAGGAAAUCGUCACAAAUGCUUGUUCAAGAACUUGUCCCUGCUGCUGAUGAAAGUGAAUGCUGCAGAGUGGCUGAGAUUUGUGGAGAUGUUCCACUGGCCAUCAAGCUUUUGUGCGGUCAAAUCGUUGACGAGAAGAAGAGUGCAUCUCAAUUCCUUGACCACUUUAGCUGCUCUUCAAAAACGAUAGUAGCGUUGUUAGACGAUCCAGAUGCGCCUAAUGAUCAACGUUUAAAUAUGUUGUUUGAGUCUUAUUUCAAAAGACUAUCUCGAGAAGAGCAAGAAGCAUUUGUUUGCCUUUCUGUUUUUGUCAGUGAAGUGUUCGACGAGCAAGUUGCGGUAAACGUGAUUGGAGGAGAUGAAGACACAGCAAAGAAAACUUUGUUCAGACUCAAGAGAAAAUAUUUGGUUGAAGGAAGUUCCUCCGAACCAGUGCUGUUUUCCUUUCACCCUCUGAUCAGGUCAUUUGGUUCGGAAAAAUCAGCUGGCAUGAAAGAAAUUGCUUGCGAAGCAGAAAGGCGAUUCCUAAUAUAUUACGUCCAGUUGUUUGAAGAUUUAAACAGCCAGUUUCUUGCUGGAAAUUCUCUUCUUGCAUUCCACGAUUUCGAAUUUAACAAAGAAAAUAUGGUACAUAGCCUCUCCAAAGGUCUUCAAAACAAGGCUGUCUGCGACACACUUUUCGAUGUUCUUUCCGAUGCGGAUUUGUUUUUGGACACCAUUUUUUACUUUGAACGUGGCUGGAUGUUUGACAAUAUUUAUAAUAUAGCAAUAGUCAAGGCAAAAGAGCAGCGUAGAUUUAAAGCUGUCCACCAACUGUUAAUUGGUAAAGCUGUUGCUGAGAUAACCUGGUAUAGUGGAGUUACAUUGGCAUUACUAAAAGAGGCCGAAGAAAUAGAGAAGCAAAAUCCUCUUCUUAUUUCAGAAGUUGUCAUGGGAAAACGAAUGUGUUACCUUGGUAUUCACAUGCUAAUAUGUAAAGCGGAAUCGAAAGGAGGCGAAAUUCUUGAAACCGGGAUAUCUCUGUUGAGUUCUGAGAAUACUGUACUUAAGGCUUUAUGAUCCCAGAUUCUUGCUUUGAUUACUCUUCACGCAGAAAAGUCUUCCUACUAUUGGAACAUUGUUUUAACUGAAUGCGCUGACAAACCAACCUUGUAUGCUUUCUUCAAAGCUAUACAAGAAGGCUAUUGCGCUGGCGAGAAAGUGAAUGAGAACCCAAAAGCUUUAGGCCAACCACUCAUUUUGACACUAGCUCUUUUCAUAUACAACAUCGCGUAUAACAAUGACAUGAAAGAGGUAAUCUAUAAACUUGGUUUGCCAAUCUCGCAGUUAAAGAAAAAAAUCGAAGUCGAAGCACAGAACGACCGUCUAUACUUACCAUUGCUCUUCAUCGUUGAAAAUACCCUGGCAAAGGUAAAAAUGGAGCAAGAGAGUCCAACAGCGAUGCAGCUCGCUCUUGAUAAUUUUGUAAGAGAAUAUGGUCGGCUAAACCCGGAGACAGCCGCAAUGUACCGUAACAUUGCAUCAAUUUUAUGCACACAGAAGAAUUAUGAUGCUGCUUUGACAUGUCUUUACCAAGCACUAGACAUCAGAUUGAAGCUUUAUGGGCUCAACCAUGAAGAUACCGUCGACAGCUAUUUCGUGAUUGGACGUACCCAACUUGACAAAAAAGAUUACAAUUCAGCAUUGCAAUCGUUCGAGAAAGCACUUGAUAUCAGCCAAAAUCUUCAUGGGAAAAUCCACCCAGACGUUUCCCUCGCUUGUCAUCUGAUUGGACUGACAAAGUAUUGCUUGAAAGAGUACGAUUCAGCUGUGCAUUGGCACCAGCAAGCCCUGGAUAUUAGGGUAGCGUUCUAUGGAAAGGAACACCCAGCCGUCGCUGAGAGCUACUCCCGUAUUGCAGAAUGUCAGUGCGAAAUGCAAGAUUAUGAUUCUGCUCUGGAGUCAUGUCAACACGCACUUGAUAUCAGGUUAAAGCUUUUUGGACAGGAGAGCGAAGAUACAAGCGAAAGUUAUGACCAACUGGGAUUUAUACGAAGUCUAGAGAAAGUUUGCGAAUCAUCUCUCGAGAUACAGAGCAAAAAUUCUUGAAACAAGAACAAAAUAACAAGGUGUAGUAACCAUAUAUCUAUAGUAACACGAUGGUUCGAGUAAAUACAACUUAUAAAAGAACACGAUUAAAUGACUUAUAAUAACCAAUUAACAUCAGAAUUUCGGUUAGAGAACAUGCAUCAUGUAAUUUGCCCACUUAUUUCAGCCAGUGCAAAUCAGUCAUGUUUUACCCUGUCUUUCAACAGGUGCUUUUUGUAAUAAUACUAGAAAAUUAAAUAAAUUAUACGAGUUUAUAAGAAAUUAUACGAGUUUAUAAAAGAAAUUAUUUCAUAGUUGAGUCGUUUGCAUUUUUUGUUACAAGCUGCCAACUGACAUUUUCGUAUAGCCUAAACAUUGGUGAACAAGACUAUAUAUGGAUGUUGGAACUUGUGAUUUUGGCUUGAUUGAAAUCUCGUGCCCAGAGCCAUAUCCCUCUGGGUACGAGAUUCGCUUAAUUAACUAAUAUAUAAUGUAAAUAUAAACUAUUUUAGUCAAUUUAAAUAGUUUUAAGCCAUUGUAAGCGCAUUGAGAUUGUUAAAUGCGCAUAAGAACAUUAUUAUUAUUAUUUAUUAUUGUUAUAGCCGAAAAUUUGAAAAUUUAAAAUUUUGGACUAAAAAUGCAAAAUUUUCAAACCGGUUUUGAGUUAAAGAAUUUUGAAGUUGGCAAAAUAGUAGCUAUUGGCAUAAAUAUGCGCAUAUUCCUCAUGUUUGCGCGUUAAAAUCUCAAAAUCGGCUACGAAGGAAAUCAUACUACUCGCUUAAAUGUCUUACACAGCAUAUACUUUUUGCAGGCAAUACAUAUAUACUUUUGCCACAGGUAGCAAGCCCCCGGACCUCUAUAGAUGGCUAGCGCCCUUGGCGCUCAAAAUAGUUACAUGACCAAUUCUUUUGAGAUAGGUUCGUCACAGGGUUCUUUAUUGUGUCUAUUGUUACAUGAUAAGCAACAUCAUGUUAUUUUACAUAUAUUAAAUUAUUAUACUAUAUACUGUGAGGGCUUCAUUGAAAGGCAUCUUGGGAUGAAUGAAUUUCCCUCAAUAAAAUAUUAUUAUCAUUAUCAUCAUACUUAUAUUCAUAUUAAAUAGCUUACAUGCAUGAGUAAGCAAAUAGUUUUAAAAUUUAUGAUGUCCCACAAUUAACGUAACGGAUAUGACUCGCUUUGGCGUUGGUCGAUUUGUGGUUUACUCAAACUUGCUUCAACGAAAUGUAUUGCGUAGGGGAAAUGAGUCGUAGUUUUGUAGUUUCUUCCCCUUUCAGAGUGUAUUUAAAAGCCUGAGCACAACUAGACAAUUCAUGCAUUAUCCAUAAGGCGAAAGCCUGAAUAACAUCGCCGUGAAGAUAUAGAAACUAUAAGUUAAUGAAAGAAUUAAAAGGAUCAUACAAAGGCGAAGAUAUUAAAGAUAAAAAAUUGUCAGGAAUUGAAGAGUUGUGCUCAGUCGUGAAAAGAGAUAAGUUUGAACAAUAUUAAGAAUUAUAUAUAUAUUAGGGAAAGUUAUAGACGCUAAUUAUUAGCCCGCGUGCAGGCCCAAGGGUAGAAUAGUGGGCCUGCAAUCAAGGCCCGGUAUUUUGUACUUUCCGCGUUCGCCCACGAACGCAGCAUUCUGAUUGGCUAUUUGCUGUUGUAUUCUAUAAUUAGAUCAGUGAUUCAUCACAAAGGUUCUCGAUAAGCUUAAAAUUCGGAAAUUGAUAACUUUUUUCGAUUAAAAAUGGAACAAGAACCGACUGUUUAUUGUUUACUUGAAGGAAGAGAUGUUUUUGCCGUUGUGUCAUUGGGGAUUGCUUGUGGUGAAGUAUUGGAAUAGCAACGUUACGACUGGGGUAAACUAUAGUAACCUACACUUGAGAUUCAUUAAUUUCAAACAGACUUGAUACGUUAUAUGUUCCUGAAGAAAAUUACUUUGUUCUUGCACUGAAGAAAACAGCGCUUUUCGCGGUGAAGAUUUAGAGGCAGUUGAAUGUAAGCCUAUUCGAAACACUUUGCGAUUUGCAAGGCUUCGCUGAGAGAGCGAAACAGGAUACGGUCAUUGCCGUUUAAAGCGAAACGAUUUGGACGCUAUGAACGCUCUCUUCUUUUGUAGAGUUCUUUACCAAAUGAAAUAACUGAAAUAAAUUUCGUACUUUCCGCCGCCAACAAGAAUUGCAGACACGAUCUGAUAAGCGAGACAAUUUAUUUAUAACAAUGGCGACAGCGAAGCACUCGCACGACUUCCCUCACGAUUUGAAGUUUGAGAGUGGCUUUCUGUUGAAAUUCGUCCUAAUUUGCCUGUUCCGAUUUUGGUUGAAAAUGAGCACUUGCAAGUUUGGCAAUUACUGACUGCGUUCCUUGUUUCUUUGGAGUUAAAACGCAGCCAUUUACACAUUGUUUCUGUUCUGAAUAAGCAGAGAAAACCCCGCAACAUUUUAAAUUUUUGAUGCGAGUUUGUUGUUAAUAUUUGGGUUGCUGUCAUUGGUUCUUUUUUGACAAUUGACGCGCGAAUGGGGCGUGUUAUGAAAAGGGGCGUUUUACAAAAUACCGGGCCUUGCUUGCUGGCCCACUAUUCUUCCCUUGGGCCUGCAAGCGGGCUACUAAUUAUUGAGUAAUAGUUGAAGACUAUAAGUAAGAAAAUAGAUAUAUCAUUGAAAGUAAUUGGUUUCACAAUCUUUGUUGCGAGCAAAUAGAACCAAAAAGCACGGCGAAAUAAAAUAGUAAGGACCGGCUCAUAACACUAUGUAAGAAAAAUUUAAUACACGUAUAUAGGGCAGCUUUCCACAAUGUACAAAAUGUCAGUGAUACUAACACCACUGUCAGAACCAGGUUGAUGCCAAAAGAAGGCACCACUAAGGCGAUGUAGAUCUACAUACACAGUCUAUACAUUUGUACGCUAUUGCACAAAUAUCUGGCACAGCCACGUGGGAGGGGGUCUCGACUCCUCCCCACUUUUCUUCCGGAACAAUUUUGUAUUUUUUUCAAAACUGAGAAGAACAUGGGGGGAGGGGUGUAACCACUCAAUAUUUUUAUAUUUGACAUAAAAUAUCUAAAAAUUGUGGCUUUUAGAUUAACACAAAUUUUGCAUAAAAUGCAUGGAAUAGGGUUUUCGAAAACCUUAAACCACUGCCGUAAACAUAGCAAUACACUCCGGGGUCCACGCUGUCGGACACCCAGACAAUUAGGGCCCAACGCCCCUAACUGCACCAUUAAGAUGGAUGCACAAAUACUGGCAUUUCUGAUCGAGGUUACGCCUGCAGUACAGCACAGGUAACAUUCUUUCUAUUGGUUAGAAUUUGUCCUCUGACUUUCUCCUUUUUAAAAUUUUACAACUUGGGGUUUUCUUUCUUGGGAAAAUAUUUUUGGGAACUCAAAAUUGUAAGGGACCAAUGGUCCUGUGGUCCACUCUUGGGCUUUAAUAUCAUCUUAAAUAUAAUUUUUUUUGAUAUUGUGUUUAUGUCAUGCAGAGCUACUUAUCUGAGCAUGGAACUAGCCUUAAUGCUAAUUCUAAAACUACUCAUUGAUCAUUGACAGUGAAAAGGAAAUCUCCAAUGAGUUAAUCGAAGGGUCUACGUUAAUUUAAUUUAACUUUUUUUGCUUCCAGGAAACAUGUGCUGGAAGGUUUUACUGUAAGAAAAAAGAGCAAAAUCACUCGCAAAAUUUAAAAUCUCACAAUUGCUCAAUUUACCAAAAUAAAGUCACUCGAUACUCGCUAAAGUUUCCAAGUGAAAUAGUUUUUUUUACCAAGAAAGGCUAAAAUUUUACUUGCAUUUGCAACAUUGCAAGCGUUAAGUCGAGACUCGAGUUAACCAUCAGAGGGGGAGGUUGGGAGAGGGGGGCGGUAUCCGGAACGUACUAAUUUCAAGACGUAUUCUUGUCCAUACUAGUUUUGGUCAGCAUGGCAGACAGGCCUAGAAAAUAUAUUUCCCUUCCUGGCAGCAAAUUCCAAUAUAAAACUUUCUGCAUAUGCAGAUUUCAGAGAAUGUAUGGUGCCGCACAUUGUGAUAAACUUCAAUCUAGGCACAAGACAAUCUCGACUUGCAAAACAUGUGUGUUUAACAUAAAGUAAAUUACAUGGCCAGGUCUAGAAUAUCUAUUGCUCUUCCAUCUUGUUGGCAGAUAACGUCAUCCCAUGGGUAUAGAAAAAGCCACGUUACGACUUCAGACCUCCCCUGAUGAAGACACUAGACUGGAGUGUCGAAAUGUUAGGUCGUGAAUGUAAUUUACUAGGUUUUCCAUUCAUUUAUAAAAACCAGAGUAGCGAGCGAAAAUGUGAGUGAUAUACCUGUAUGCCGUGAACUCACAAACUUUAAACCAUUAUUUUUAUAAUAACCAGACCUAGAAAAUAUAUUUUUCUUCCCAGGAAUAAAUUCCAAAAGUAAAACUUCCUGCACAAUAAUAUCGAUUUGCAAAUGUGUUUUUGUAAACAAUAAGUGAAUUAUAUGGCAUUCCAGUAUAUAAGAUGACAAAUAUUUCCUGCAAGAUGUAAGAUUUCCUGUGAAGAUAUUCUGUUAAAAAUUUCAUGGCCGCUGACAUUUGCCAACACUGAUUAUAACCUCUUUCAAGUUAUGUUUUCAUCGGCGUAUUAUUAUAUUUCGGCCAGGUUAUGUUUUCAUCCGCAUUUGUAUAUGUGUGUGUCUGUCUGUGUUUGUCUGUCAGCAUGAUAAUAAAAAACCAUCAACCAUAUAUUAAAUAGUUACAAAAAUUUGUGGUACUGAUCGAAGUUGCCCAAGCACAAAUUAAUUGAAUUUUAGUUCAAUUUGGAUAAAAAUUGGAUAAAAAAGGUUUGUCUUAUUUUGUCGGCCAGAGUAAACUGAAUACAUAAUUAACCCAUUGUAUAAUUUAUGCAUGAUACAUAAUUUAAUUUGCUGGGAAAGGUAUGCAGUCUCCAAGUGUACACUAGUUACAGUUGAUUUCACAAAACUCUGGCUGAAAAUUUUCUGAAGAUGGUUCAGCCACGUUCACAUGUAUGGAGUUUCCCCACGGUGGCGGCACCAGGUGGCACGCCCAGCAUUCCCACCUGGGACUCAUGCCAAAGCUGACUUUACCACCUUGCCGAGGGGAUAGCGCUGGGGCUCAAUGGGUUAAGUUAAGCUGCAUUGCAUUUUAAUGCGCCCUACUUUAUUAUUUUACUCUGUCUAACGCCAAACGAUUUUACUCGUCAAGGGCAGAGUGGCAGUGCUGCCACUCAAAGAGUCAAGAGUUAUAAAAGUUUACACUAUUUAAUAUCAAAGAAAAUAUAUCAUUACCCAGCACUUCAAUAUUUCCUCGAUCAACCACAGGAUGCAGGAGUGGCGUUAGAAACACCGCCUUUUGAUCUCCAAUUGGGUAGGAAGUCGAAGUGAAAAAUGUAAAUACAAAUGCUCGGCCUUUAUGGAAUUCAACUUAAUAUGCUUGCAUGGUUCUUUCGUGUCAAAAUCAAUAAUUCUUGCUUCACCGUUUGAAAAAGUGCGUAUAUUCUCUUUUAGUUUUUGAAAAUCCAUCAUUAGUUCAUCAUUAGCCAUGUUUUAAACCUGAAAUUUUAAAUUUAUUUCAAAAUUUCCUCGCAUUUUGUGUUGUCACAUGUGGCUACAAAAUUUGCCACAAAAUGCCAAAUUCCUUGCGAAAAACUCUAACAUUCCUUAUUUUUCCCCCAAAAUUCCUUAAAUUAAUUAAUAAAUUAGACCAUAUCAAUUAACUAUUUAAUAUUAUUGUUUAUUGAAAAUAAUUGAAGACAUUUGAUUGGUAUAUCCGCUCGGUAGCUGUCCAAAUUUGGAGUUUUGACAUCACCGUGGAAUAUUGAAAACAAAUAAACAAACUUUGACGUAAUUUCGCGAUCGUGGUAUAUUGAAAAACAAUGUAACAUGACGCCACGUCAAUUUAAGCGCCUUAUGCCAAAAGAGGGAAAAUACAAAUGGCUUCCUCAAAAGAAAGAUUCGUCGACCUUUUUUGUGUAUUCCGACAAAUAAAUAAUAAAACAAUUAUUGAAUUCGGUUCUCGGAUGAUACGAGGAAUUAUUAUAGGCUCUGUUUGUGUUAUUUACCUCAGCCUUCCACUUCUGAAGAUAACACAAACCUCGGCCUUAAUAAUUCCUCAUGUCCUACUCGACCUCAUUCAAAAAUUGUUUAAUAAUUGUAUUCGACUACACACGUAAAAAUCUCGACGGAACAAGCUUGUAGCAAGCUUGUUGACAACUUGUAACAAAGUUUGUUAUUUUAUCAACUUUGACAACUUGUAGAAAGCUUGUUGUCAACAAGCUUGUUCUACAACUUGUUGGUUUGCAGACCUGCAGCAAGUUGUUUCAAGAAGAUUAAUUUACAAGGAAAUAUGCCAGUUUAGCUUCCGCUAAUCUUCCACCGGACCUAUUAAAAUUAACUGUACAAUUAAAGAUAGGGUACAGUCCAAUCUGCGCAUGCGCACAUAGAAAUUAAUAUAAAUGGUUGUCGAAUAAAGUUCAAUAUUUUGAAUACCGACAUGUAAACAAAUGCUUUGUUUACAUACGCACUGUACCCUACCUUUAAAUAUAUUUACAUUAAGUAUAAUUUACAUUUCUAUACAUAAUUACAUAAAGUACAUAUCGAUAUUUAUAACAAAUUAAAAUUAAUAUACAUCUUAAGAGUUGUUUUUAUACAUAUCUAAAAACAAUUCAUGGACGUAAGCUUGAAUGCUUGAAAUGAGCUGGAAAAUCUUAUAUCUGGUGGCAACAUAUUAUAAAAAUAUGCUCCAGUGUAUACUGCAGUCCACUCGUGGUGAUUGCUUAGUUUAUGGUUUCGUACCCAUAAGUUCAUAUUGGCAGUGCUUCUGGUAUGUCGCUGGGAAGCUGUUGACAAUGGUUUGAACAUAUUACUUAAAUAGUGUGGAGUCAAAUUAUUUAAAGAUUUAUAAACUAGGCAAACUACCCUGCGGUAUACAUAAGUUAUGUAGUUUGCCUAGUUUAUACAGAACUCCGUAUCGGUAAAAUUUUUGACUGUUCAAGACUGGUACAAGUUGCCGGUUUGAACAACUUCUACCAAGCUAACAAGCUUGUUGACAACAUGCCAUAUCAUCGUCAAGUUGUAACAAGUCCAGCAAGGCAGCAAGCUUGUAGUUCACAAAUCUGUACCAAAUCUGCCAACAAGUUGUAAUGGCAUUGUUACUGACGGCAAGAGUUUUCAGAAACUGAUUGAAUUUGAACAAGACGCAACCUGAUUCAAGAAAAACGGACUUUUAUUAAUCAGCAAAAUGUAGCUUGAAGUUUGGUUAAAAAGAAAAUAAUGAAAUUUUGAAAUUGGAAAAAAGAAAAUAAUGAAAAAAUGUGGGGGUAAAUGUCAUAAUUUAAAGUAUUUGUUAUUUAAAGACUUUAAAAGAUUGUAUCUUAGUGGAUAUUGGCGAUCCUGAAAUUAUGAGAAUGACGCCAAAAUUUUGUAUUUGCAGGCAAUUUGCAUCAACGUCUGCAUGGGCAUAUUUAUGUCUGGCUCCAUAUUUUUUUCCCUCCGAUAUGCCUAUGUCUAUGUUGGGCACUCUAAGAUUGUGGAUAUAAAAUUCCUGUUUGGAAGGAUAAAUUCUCAGACAAUCGGCUUCCCGUCGAGAUAUUUGGCAGUACACGGAAGUGCGUCCUCGAAUCAAUUCACUAACCAAGCAGAAAACCGAGAAAUAAAGAGAACCUUGAAGUUAUUUUAUGUCCAAGGCAAUAAUAAUAGUCUACACGCUGUGUAAAGCGAAUAUUUUCUAUGUAGAUGUGGAAUAGAUCAAUCCGCACGUUCUGAACGGUGAGUUAAAUUAAACUUACUUUUACAUAUACAUAUUUUCAGUAGUGGCUGCUCGUUUGUUGGUUGAUCUCAAUACAGGGCUGAGGUUGACAUUUUUCACGGUAGUAGCGGCUAUUUUGGCAUUCGCAUUUUGCAUGUAGAGCAGACACAACAAAUAAUGAAACAGUCUCGCAGAAACUAUCCUUGGGGUCAAAUAAAGUGUCGAGGAUGUGCGUCGUUUGCGAGCGGCAGUCUCCUACCCUCUCUUAUUAAGUGAGAGAGAUUUUAACUCGGCACUACGUGGUGAAUAAUAUACUGAAUGACGGUAAAUGUCACAAGGAUGAACAUAUCAACACAGCGAACUCGAAAGUGAAACAUUAGCGACAAUUAACUGCAUUUUUUUUGUCGAAUAUUUGCACGGAUAGUGUUAGAUUUGAAUAUGACCAUUUACUAUUAAUUAGACAAAGCAACAUGGUGGUUAAUAAAACUAUUUUAAAUGUCACAGACGGUUUGAAAUCUGAUCGAUACCACAGCAAAAUGGCAAAUACACCUGGAAGUAGACUUGGUAGAGAUAAGCUAUAUUUGCUGCCAAGCGAAGCGUAGGCAGCCACCUAUUCGUGACGACGUUUACAGUUUUUACUCGUGCCAGAUCCCCGCGCGACUUAUGUAUUUUAGCCAAAGCAAAUCUCAAUUUGUUUGUCGUUCGGUCAUUCGGAUCGCAUUUUCUGACGUCAUAGAAUGACGUUGUGUAAAAAUUUACAUACGCACGAAGUGAACGAUGUCAAUCCGAUCACGUCCGUUUAAUUUUGACAUGACCAUUUGGCAUAUCGCAUAUUUUUCCAUUGCACAAAUGCACGAGGCUUUAUUUUACAAUAUUACCAUUUGAUUUUGGAGGAAAAAGAGUUAUAUUUUUGAAGGUAUGUUGAUAAAAAUGGUUAUUUGAACGUUUGAAUGCUUAUAUAUGUAUUACAUGAACGUGAUAGUCUGUUUUUAAUACAUUUAUAUAAAAAUUCGAAUUCUAUCUCCUCUAGGUGUAUAUUUUGGUAUGUGUUCGUGGCGAUCAUUUGGUCAAAUCAAAUCAAAAGGGGCCGUUCAUAUUAUGUUUUUCAAAAAAGCAGUGAAUUGUGAACUCGCUGUACCUGUACCAAACUUGCCAGGGAUGUGUGAACUCGCUAUAUUUUAUACUAGCGAAGUGUGAUCUCGCUAGCUGGGCAAUCGUUGACGUUGGCAAUAAAUAAAGUUGUAUACUGAGAAUGUCAAAAGAUUAAGCCAACAAGGUAUUGUAUAUCAAAUUUUACAAAUAUAUAUGUUGUCAAUUAGAAAAUUGUCAAUAAAAAUAGUUAUAUAUUACACUAAAAUGAUUAUUAAUAUUGUUAUUAUGGGAAUAUGAUAUGCAGACAUGCAGUAAAACCCUGCAUAAAAGAAUCAGUGAAUUUUGACUUCAGGCUGAAGUGGUUCUUUAAUCUUUAUAUAUAAUCUUGCUUCACGCUAUACUUUUUUUAUAUUAUACACAUUAAAUAGGGACUGUUGUUGCAUAAAAGUAUUGCUAUGACACUAAUAUGGUUCUUGUUGCAUAUAUCUAAACUUUAAAAAAAAUUUAAAACUUGUAUUUUGGGUGCUUAAUUGUUCAAACUUCAGGCCUAGUGGUUCUUUAUAACUUACUGGUUCUUUUAUGCGAGGCAUAGACCUUAUGCAUAAUGACGUCUCAAGGCUUGGUGCCUGCGAAGAAUGCUCGUCUUAGUAGUCACCACUGUCCAGGAAAAUUUCCAUUUGAAUUGUUUAAUUCUCCUGGGCGAUGACCAGCAUUCCUUGCGGGCAUCACACCUUGUGACAUCAUUAUGCAUAAGGUCAAAUGAGCAGUAUGAUGUCCAAAUUGGAAGACACAAUUGUAUACGAAUGAAAAAUUAUCUGAGUAACUUGUUUUCGAUAAUGCUCACAAUUUCUUUCUUAUUAUAUAGUUUUGCAGUUCUGACUGAGUGCAAUCUUAGUCAUUUAUACAAUGAAUGGUGUCAUAUGAAGCUGAGAUAUUAAACAAAAAUGUCAACAAACUAGAUUUUGUGUCCCCCAUUGGCCGAUUGUUCAGGGGUGGCCUUGAAGGUGCCAUUAAAAUGAAAAUUGGGACAAAAACUGACUUACUGGUAGUAUUUCUAUGUAUGAAAUUGUUAUUAAAUUCUACAUAUCCAAUGAUAACCAUGACAACUGGUCAUGAUAUGCUAAUAAACCUGCAUCUAUUUGAAUAAUGCAAAUCAUUAAAAACUUGCAUAGCAUGACCUGUAGACUUUCGCAAAGUCCUUCAUCUUUGUUUAGAAUUGAAAGAAGGAAUUUUCAAGGAAGUAAUUUCUUGAAGAGUAAGGAAUUUGUGGAAUUCAAUAGAAUUAGAAUAUUUAGCUGAGCUUCAAUUUUGUGGAAAGUGUUUUCAUAUUCAGAUUGCACUUUUCCUACCUCCUGAACAGGUGCUUUAGGGGUGUUUUAUGUGCUUAUGUGAUGGAAGGCAAGGGGAGGGGGAGGGGAGGCAGCACUUCCCUUGCGAUAGUAAUUUCUAGUUUAAUAUUUAUGCUGAUAUAUAUGGUAUACAAUCAACGACGGCUGUGGCCCGAGUCCAAUCACUUCCGGCUGCCGGAAAUGAAAUGUAUAAAGCUGCUUUCCACGGAAAGCAUGAAUGAAUAAAAGAACAGCAUCUUGUCAGUUUUGUGCAUGAAUUGAAGAGUAUUUGUCGAUGUAUUUAUGUAAAAUUUAGAAAUAUUUAAUUAAACUUUUCCAUACGUACACGUGAGAAAACUGCUUAUAAUUACUGCUUUCCAGUUUAGAGGCCAUGCUAACAAAUUUGUUAGUUUAUAAGUGCAUAUAAUAUACAUAUAAGAGAAUAAUUAAAUUAGAUACCAGAAUAUGGGUAUUAUUUACAGCCAAGACAGGGUGCGAUAAUUCGCGUACCAACGUACCGGCGGUACGCCAAAUUUAUGGUCUGGUACUUCUUUGUUUUUAGGCAAGUACCAGGUAGGUACGCGGAAAUUUACUAUUCGCGUACUUACAUUUUCCUUCUAGCAAUAACUAGCAGACCUGCCAAAGUAUUCAAAACUGUAAAGAACUUUAGCUGUACAUGUAAAUUUCACGCAUCCGACAUAUUUUGGGAUGAAAAAAGCCAAAAGGUUAUCUUUGCGCUUGAUCAAAAAAUUUAUCGUCAUUGUCCGACUGAAAAAAAUCGCUCGGGUGAGCGAUUUUAAAACCGUUAUCGUCAAACGCCGAUAAUUUUAUCGUUUUCGUUGUAGUGUGGACACCAACAUAAUUUUUUACCAAUUAUCGCGUGCUUACAAGUUACAAGUAAUUGUCAAUGCUAUUACCAAGGUCUAAAAAAAUACCUGCGAUUUCCCGACCGACCCUAUUUUUUUCUGCCCACACUACUAUUUUUUUCAACACGAUUGAACGUGCGACGUUUUUUUAGGCCCAAUGAGGAAAACUACACUGUAUCAUAGAUAUCUUAUAUAAACUAGAUAGCGCAUCUCUUUUAAUAAAAUUGAAGCCAAGAAUAUUCCAGCGGUUACCCCCAUUUGAAUAGAUGGCGGCCAUGUUGGAGUUUCCCACUCGCUAAUAAACGCUUAAAACAACAACAAUAACUUUCAUCAUUUGAAUAGUUUGAAAAUGUAUUUGGAAUAGGUUUAACUUAAUGUUUAAGUUCCCUGUUUAAGAAAUAGAAAACAUACGAGUCUUCUCAUUUCAUGGGAAUAUCCUGAGUCUGCAAUCACGGCUUCAAUUUUUGAAUUGCAGAAUAAUUUGAUGCACUAUCAAGUGUAUAUAAGAUAUCUAUGCACUGUAUGUAGCUGAGGUCAGACUGUUAGCACCAUCGGUAAAUCCACUGUAAACGAGCCAUGGCAUUCGAGUCACAACGUCAAGGCUUAUGUUGUACAAAUACCACAAUUAAAGAUUCAUUUGUACAAAAUUGCACAUACAUUUUUUGCUUUUGGACCAGUAAACUAUAUAAAUAGCUAUAAAUACCAUGACUCGGAAGUAGUCUUAGGUACGUCUUGACUCUCAAGUCUGUACCAGAUCAGGUACGCGGCAAAAGUUGUCGGAGUACCAGUCAGGUACGGCUAAAAAUAUUGAAUUAUCGCACCCUGCAAGAGCAAAGCUGUACUAACAAUGCCUAGCCAUUGAUUUUGACGUGUUCUUAGGCGACCGCGUGGUAACAUUUGAAUAAAAAAAUUAAUUAAGUUCACUUCACAGACCUCUUGAAAAUAUAUAUUAAACUCUGUUACAGAUUAUUUAUAUUUUGCUUAAUUUUCAAAAUAUUUCGACUGAAAAAAGUGAGCUGUUCGCCAUCUUGGAUCAUUGAGGAUAUGCAUGUUAGGUCAAGAGAGGGGCCACGCUAAGUUUUUUAUCUUGAGAGUAAGCGAUCAAUAUGAGUCCAAAACUUCGUCUCUGGUUGCUGUCUGAAAUUCAGAAAUGAUUAAAAACAUUUGAAAAAAUUUUCGGUCACUUUUGAGUAGAUUUAUAUGGUAAACCAAACUCCUGAAGUCAUCAAAACCAUAGUUAAAGGGAUAUGGCAAUAAAAAUUAACUUUGUCUUAUUUGAAAGAACUUUUAAAAUUAUAUCUGAAGACCCUUUACAACUUUUUUGUGCCUCACUCGGUUUACGAAGUACUUUGUCCGAAAACAGUGUGCAGUCCGCCAUUUUGGUAUUAUAAUUGACCUACUGUAAUUAACUGACUUUUUUUGACGUCACAAAGCAGGUUAAACAUGUUAAAACUUCUUCAUUAAGAGUAGAAAAAGUGAAAAGCAAGUGUACAGUCGCUAGCCCUAGGCCCAGCGACUAAAUAUAAAAAAAUAAUUCAUACAACAUAUGUGAUUUCCAAAGUGUAGUGCGACUAUCGCAAACCGAAAUAAACAUAUUACAUCAUUACACAUUUUUGUCAUUUCACGUAUUUCCAAAUGACUGAACCCUUGAACUGAUUACCAUUUGUUUGAAGUUGGCAGUUUAAAAUGACACAAAUGAGAAACCCAAUAUAAAAUAUAAAAAACAUAUCGUAAUGGUCAAUGACUAUUGCGAUAUUGUUUGGCAUGUGUACAUCGUUCCUCCAACAUACGAUUUUCCCAGCUUUGCCAUUAUCGCAGUGGACAGCUUUAUGCAAUGAUGAAAUAAAAUUUGAUCUUUAUAAAUAAGAUAUGAACUGAACAGAUGUAUCUUAUUUUUGUCACGUUAAUAUGUUUUAAUUUACUGUAUAUUAUCUAAAAUUGCAACUACGGUCAUUGUUUAUAAUACAUUUAUCGCGAUAUUAUCGAAUAAUUUCCUAAACAAUAAUCAUGAUAUGAUUUGUUUAAUAUCGCCCAACCCUACUGGAGUUUCGAAACAUUGCGUCGUAAACUGUAACAUCUUUAAGUUACGUCCAUUAAAUUUACAAGUCAGAUCUGUUUGCUGUUAACAUGUGCCUUAUCGAUGUUUUUCUUUGUAUUAGUUUGUCAGGUCCUUUCUUCCCGUGUCAUUUAUGCUCAGAAAGUCAGCCAACAUGUCUAUGCAGCCGUAUUCUGAUGAAGAGCUGAACUACUUCAAGUUUGCAUCAAUUGUCCUAAAGGAAUUCCCAGAUGCUUUGCGUAGCAUCUUUGUAGACAUGUGGGACACCAGAGUUGCACCAAGUUCCACAAUUUGGGAUGACUCGCCUCUUGUACGCAAUAUACUCUACAACAAUGAGGCUCCAAGCACAAAAAUCCCCACGAAUAACUCAUUUAAAGAGUGGGACUGCACUGCACUAUUUCAAGUCACUCUGUAUGCAAGAACAUUUGCGCUAGCAGACAGCACAGGAAAGAAAAAGACACUUGGAGAAAUAUAUUUAAAAGGACGAAAGCCAGCCCCUGCUCCAUUCCACUCUGUAGUGAGAAGUUCGAGCGGAGAUGCAAAUGAAACGAUUGCACUUGCCAUUGAUCAGCUUCGUCUUUUACGAAACACUCUUUGUCAUACAUCCAGCCCUCAAAUUAAUAAAGUCACGUUCGAUGACUAUGUCAAGCACGCCAAAGAUGCGUUCACUGCUUUGACUUUUAGCACGACACCUCUGGAGAGGAUUGGCAACAUGAAAGAAUCGGAUUUCCCUACAAAGGAAGUAGAAAAACUUAAUGAAGAAAUCAAUCAUCUGAGAAAUGACUUCCAUCUGUUUAUUGAAAAUGAGGUUAAACAUGAAAUGAGUGAAGUGAAAUAUGAAAUGAGUGAAGUGAAACAAAAACUGAAUAGCAUUGAAGGAAUAUUAACACAGACAGAAGAUACCACAGGUAUGUUGUUUAUGUGAUAUUAUAGCUGAUUUAUAGAUUUCCCAAUUGGAAAGCUGCAUUCAUACCAUAUGAUCAGUCAAUUUAUCAUUAAAUUUCCCCAGCCGUUGUUUUUCAGGUUCGUAAGUUGAUAUGCCCCGCGCUCUUUAGCGGGACAGCGAGGGUGGGAGAAGCUAGUGGGGGGGGGGGGCAUGCGCUGCUACGCAGGCUAGCCCCUCUCCAAAAAGGUAUUCUUCAUUCCACGAGAUAAUAUUCUUCAUUCCACGCCAAAUUCCUCGAGAGGGUAUAUGUUGUCGGUGUCUCGUCAUUGAUGAUUGUUAAAACUGCUUGUAGCUGCAGGCAGAACAUCAUCAAAUAAGUCUUUUCCGGGAAUGCAAAGAUUAGUUAUUCUGCUGGAAAAAUCACCCAAGGGAGCAAAGGACAACCAAAAACUCGACAAAAAAACUUUUAUUUGCGUGGUAAGCAUGCUUUCACUGCCAAAAACAAAAGAACAAAAUCAAGAAUGCUGAUGAACGGCUUAUGACAAUACAUGACUACAAAUUAUACUCUCCUGGGUAUUUUUGCCUUGCAGUAAAACGUAAACAAGAUACUGUAGGGGUCUAUAGGAUUCUUGUGCUUUUUUGUGUUCAACAUAGCGAUUCAUAAGGAUAUAAACAGAGUUCAUCCAAACAAAAAAAUAUUUAAAAUGGCAGGUAUAUAAAAGUGGCCUAUUUGGAAUGAUGAAAAUGCAUCGCUUAUCAUGUAUAAAUAUCGUGCAAAACCGUAUACUACCGUAUGCUGCACUCUGCAUCACGUAUCGAUUUCGGACCAUUGUCGAUGGACAGUUUAAUCCCUGAACCCCAAGGUCAUUAAAAUCCUUCAAUUCUUCUCCAGCAAUGCUUUUUAAUGCGAUAUUACAAACGCCACCGCCCUCUUGUUGACAUCGCUGAUUACGAAGCGACUUUUAGCGGCAUCACAAAGAACUGAUAAAUUAUGCUCUUUUCAAAUCUUAUUGGAAACACAGCCAAUACUUCAAUAUUGGUCAGCACACUAAGUACACUUUCUUUUUGGUCACGAUUUAAGAAUGAAACAAUGAGAAAUUGUCGAAAACAUUCGUCUCAACCAUCAUCGGUGCAUGAUUCUGCCACAUGAACGGUUUGUCAAUUAAUUCAUCUUCCAGCCAGUGGAAAACAUGCGUUGUCUGAACAACGCGGUGUACCCAUUUUACGAGUAGAAUGUCCACAGAGCCUUUUUCCCUUUCCUUUCCGCUCGUUCUCCCACCGACAAGCCGCUCGAUAUCUCGCUUCGCUUCUGUGACCUCAACAGAUCCCCUGAAGGGACUGUGGUACAGUGUAGACAUGCGAUGAUCAGUUGACUAGCGGAAUCGAUUUGUAGUCGCGGCAAACGCCGGGUCAAGUAAAGUUUUUCUCUGAUUCUCUGGUAUCGAUCGUUACUCGGCUUGCACCUAAUACCUUGGUGUGGUUUCAAUUUACAGAUGCUUUUGUCUCGGAAAAUAAAAAUAAAUCCAUCUUGCAUCCGUCUGUCUGUAUCUAUCUUAUUUUUUUAUUAAUUUUCUUAUUUGUCUGUAUGUUGCUUUGUUUAGAUCAGUGUGCUGCAACGUCGGACGCCAAAUUCAAAGAAUUUAACGACGUUCUUUUGCUGACAGUGGACGACACGGAGUUUAACGAAGCGCAAAAAAUAUUAAACAAUGUCGAAAUACCCGGCAAGAAAGACGAAAGUGACAAAAACUGUUUAUUUGGAAAAAUAGGCAGAAAUAAAGUAACGCUCUUGAAAGUUCCAUGCUUAGGCAAGACCGGCGCUUCGUCAGGCCAUGAUGUUCCGGUUUAUGAAACAAUCCAAGAACUUAAACCGAAAGCUAUUGUUAGUCUGGGAGUUUGCGAUGGUGUAAGGAAAGAAGCACAUUUCCUUGGUGAUGUCACGGUGUCAUCACAAGUCUACUUUCUUAAGCAACGGGAUGACGGUUUGUCAAAUUUUGAUCGUACAGCGUAUGACUGCAAUUUAGGACUGGUACAUUUAUUCGACCGUGGGAAAUUUGCGUGGGUUGGUCCUUGCGAAAAUGUGGUAGUUCCAAAAGUCUAUGUUGGUCAGUUUACGACAGGUUUACAAGAUGGUGACGACAAAAAGAGGGAUUCGCACAAAGCGGGAACCAUUGGAAUAGACAAGGCGUCAAAAAGUAGGUAUAGUAAUGCGAGCGAUCGGAAUAAUUUCCACGUAAAACAGGAAAAAUAAUACAAACAAAAAAUGUUUGCUAAAUUUAACCUUGUCAGUUAGAAGCGUCGUCCCGGGUGAAUUUUCUAAAUCGUCCAAUUCCGAGAAGAAAAUGGUUGUGCAGUAAGAAUAAUUAAAUAGACAGACUCUAAUGAAAGACGAAACCAAUUUCAUAAAUAAUACCAUUUUAGUCAAUUUACUCGUUUCUUAUUGGUUAAAAACUGUACCGAUUAAAGAUUUAUCGGGACGUAUACGAGCACGCGUCCAUUCUACACGGCCACGUGAGUGCAGAAAUUUUAACCACAAAAUCUAAAUAAACAACGUGAAAAUGUAUAUUAUUGUCUGAGCUUUUAUUUACGCUUAAAUACAGAAGAUAUAGAAAAAUAAAGAUAAUUUACAGUUUUUAUAGGUUUGAAUUGAAAUUUAAUGUUAGAAAUUACAGUGGUGCUACACACGCGCGGUGUUAUAAAUAUUUCGCUAUACACGCGUUAUUUACACUAUUCAAAAGCACAUUAUAUAUUCAAAUACGUACUCAAGAUGGCUGCCAUCCUAUCAACCUGUGUGCUUGGAAUGCCAGUGCCUAGACAGGGAUCGAAUCAUAGAUAUCUUAUAUACAGCACUAGAUUUCGGUAAAAUUGAAGCCAAGAACAUUCCAGCGGUUACCCCCAUUUGAAUAGAUGGCGGUCAUGUUGGUUGUUCUCACUUGCUAAUAAACGCUUAAAAACAACAAUGACUUUCAUCAUUUGAAUAGUUUAAAAACGUAUUUGGAAUAGGGUUAACUUAAUGUUUAAGUUCCCUGUUUAAGAAAUAGAAAACAUACGAAUCUUCUCAUUUCAUGGGAACGACCUGAGACUGCAAUCACGGCUUCAAUUUUUGAAUUACAAAAUAAUUAGAUACACUAUCUGGUGUAUAUAAGAUAUCUAUGGAUCGAAUCUGUAAGUUUCUAAUGACAAGAGAUUAGAGGCUCUAACCAGAGGCCAGAAGAGAGUUAAAGCUCGUCAGAAAGUUAACAGAAACAUGUCACCUUCGGGUAACGCUCUCGUGUGUAUGACAUGAUCAUGAAUGUACCUGAGUUCCGAUGUUUUCCUCAAAUAUCAAAGAUAACCUCAGUUUUAUCGUUUUAAGGUGUAUAUGCAACUUGUCAGAACUCUGGUGUACCGUGGCUGUCCUGUAAAUCCAUUGCAAAGUGGGCAAAUGAUGAAUUUCAAAAUUCGACUUGGUGCCAAUUUGGUUCGGCAGUUUCAGCUUCUUACGUUCAACAUGUGCUGAAGAGAUUUUAUAUUCCAUGCGAAGUUCAAGGUAUAUAACGGUUUCCAAAUAUAUAGAGAAUAAUGCACGGAAAAACACCCGGAUAGAAAAUUUCCUGUUAGUUUAAAAUUAAUCGUGUUUAGAAUAAAUAAAUGUUCCUGGAUAAAUUCCCUGGUUAAUUUGAUCAGUAAUGAUCACUAUUGUGGCUAAUUUAACCAGGAUUCCUGGUUCAUUUAACCGGGCUAUAUGGUUGAACUAACGAGAUUAUUGUAGGUGGAUUAUUAACCAAGAAUUCUUGGUUGAUAACCCACGUACCGAAAUUCGGUUUCAAUUAUUUAGAAGCGCUAUAACAUUUUGAAUGAUUUGGUAUACAUAUCUUUUAAAAUUUCCUUUCAAAACAACUUUCAAAAACUGAAAAAUCGCGCCGGGUUGUCGCAUGGCGUCUGGUGUGGCUCGGCAAUAAUCAUCACAUGUGCAACUGAUUCAGCGAUAAUCAUCACAUGUGCAACUGUCAUAAGUAAUCGCACAAGUGAGAUUAUUACUUUCAUUAGUGACGGAAAAUCAACAAAAAACUAUUGUAUAUAUACAUGUAAUAUAUUAUACCUGAACCUUAAAUUGUCCAAUCAAAAAACAGCACGUGUGCCACAUGACGUAGUGAUUUUUUACCCAAUAUAUUCUAUGAUUACGUAAUGCAGCUUGAGAUAUCAUCUGCCGGUCGAUAGAACUAACAGUUGAAGGUUUUUUGUAGGUGGAAAUUUCGAGCGGAAGAUUAUAUACAAUUUUAUACUUAACCAGAAGCAGCUGCGAAAAAUACAACUAUAGGCCCUCUGGAAGGAAUUGAACUAGCCUGCGAGGCAGGCUCUGGUUAGGGGAAGGAAGAGCCUGCAGUCGCCUCUAAUAAAUUUCCGUGCCGCCCUCAUAAUAAAUUCAAAUUCGCUAUGUAGAUUGACCAAUCAUAUCAGAGCAGAAUUUUGUUGUUUCCUCCUGCGAAAUGUCCACCAACUUUAUAAUUUUUAAUUUUUUUUUUUUAAUUUGUAUAUAACAUGGUCUUAUAAUCAAUUAAUUAUUUAAAGUGUGUUGAAAGAGAAAUAUAGACGUAGACGAUAUGUCUUGUUGUUAAAAGCAAUUUUAUAGUUAGAGCAAAUGCGUUUUUUUCGCCCUGAAUUUUUCUCGAGGGAACUAAUCAAUAUGCUUUGAGCGAAAAGUUAACCGGGAAUGCAUCUGUACGUCGGUUAUGAUCAACUCCCUGUAUUCUCAAACAGCAUUGUAGGUAGGGAGAUUAAAGUUUAUUGCCCAAUACUAAACACUUUAUUGAGAAGCGCUUGCAACUUGGAAAAUUUGCAAGCUAAUGAAAAUGAGCGAGGAAUCAACGCUACAUUGCUUUCGCAACAUCAAUACUUAUUCGGUGCAGCAAUCUAUGAGCAAUCCUAGAAUAUCUGCACUCGUGUAUAGGAUGUCUACCAUACUAUUUUACAGUGGAGUGAGUUUUCAGGAUAUUGUUAUAAUCUCUGUACUUCUAGAAUAUUUAGUACAUGCUCUUAAACACUCCUCGAACGCAUUGUCGUUGCUGACCGCCGUCGUUGCUGACCGUUUUGAAUAUUGAUAUUACUGUUGAUUGACGUAUCAUUAGAGCUAUAGCCGACGAAAAGCUAGUGUUCGAGAGUGAACGCUAUACACGAAAAUUUAUUAGAAGCGAUAGCAGGCUCUUCCUUCCCCUAGAAUUGAACCUGCGGCCUUGCGAUUCAGUUACAGCGCUCUAACCAACUGAGUUACAGAGUUCAGUUCUCAAGCUCUAACCACAAGAGCUUUUAUGUAUACAGUAUAGUGGGUGAUGCACCGCCCGGCCGUACGCCUACCCCCGUAAUGGGUAAAACGACACAUUUUGUAACUUCCAAAAGCAAUCAGGCGCUUCGUUGCUUCAAGCUCUUUCGCCCUAAGACUAUCAGAUAACGCCUUCAGUUUAACCUUAUUUUCUAUAUUUGACCACAGUGUUUGCCAAGUACGUGCCCAAGCCCUGCCUUCCUCCCAUGGUGCCCCAUUUCAUUGGUCGACAACAAAAAGUUGAAGAUAUCUCGCGUGCGUUGACCUCCACAUCUGCUCGGCUAGUCUCUGUAUCUGGACCCCCUGGUUUUGGCAAAACUUCAUUGGCAAUUGCAGUAGGACACCAACUUAGACAGCUCGGACUACCAGUUUAUUUUCUUUCCUUGAGAAGCGUCAAGACAGCGGAAGAACUGAUCUCUGACCUGUUAAACACCUUUGCACAUACGUCGUCAGGUGUACCGGUGGGAGAGCGUUCAAAACUUUGCGGACUCCUCAGAGCAAUUCCUUCCAAUAUUUGUAUCAUCCUCGAUAACGCCGAUGACCUUUUUGAGAGUAGUGGUGAAACGAGCCAAGAUGUUUUAGACCUACUGGAAAAUAUCUUUUCUCACUGCGAGAAUGUGUCUUUUCUAAUCACCACAAGGAUGAGUCUUCAAUCGGUCCUGGGAAGAAAACUUGAGGAUCAAAAGUCUGUCAGUGUUGCAUCACUAGACAGGAAAUCGUCACAAAUGCUUGUUCAAGAACUUGUCCUUACUGCUGAUAAAAACGAAUGCUGCAAAGUGGCUGAGGUUUGUGGGGACGUUCCGCUAGCCAUCAAGCUUUUGUGCGGUGAAAUCGUUGACGAGAAGAAGAGUGUAUCUCAAUUCCUUGACAACUUUAGCCGUUCUUCAAAAAAGCUAGCAGACUUGUUAGACGAUCCAGAUGCCCCUAAUGAUCAACGUUUAAAGGUCUUGUUCGAGUCUUAUUUCAAAAGAAUAUCUCGAGAAGAGCAAGAAGCAUUUGUUUGCCUUUCAGUUUUUGUCAGUGAAGUGUUUGACGAGCAAGCUGCAGUAAACGUCAUUGGCGGAGAUGAAGACUCAGCAAAGAAAACUUUGUUGAGGCUCAAGAGAAAAUAUUUGGUAGAAGGAAAUUCGUCCGAAGCAAUGCUAUUUUCUUUCCACCCUCUGAUGAAGUCAUUUGGUUCAGAAAAAGCAGCUGACAUGAAAGAAAUUGCUCGCGAAGCACAAAGGCGAUUCCUGAGUUAUUACAUCAAGUUGUUUGAGGAAUUAAAUAACCAGUUUUUUGCUGGAAAUUCCCUCCUCGCAUUCCACGAUUUCGAAUUUAACAAAGAAAAUAUAGUACAUAGCCUCUCCGAAGGUCUUCAAAACGACGCUGUGUGCGACGCAAUUUUCGAUGUUCUUUCCGAUGCGGAUUUGUUCUUGAACUCUGUUUCCGAAUGCCAUAAUGGCAAGCAUUUUUACGAAAUUUAUAAUCCAGCAAUAGCCAAGGCAAAAGAGCAGCGAAAAUUCAAAGUUAUCCACCAACUGCUAAUUGCAAAAGCUGUUGGUGAAAUAACCUGGGAUUAUGGAGCUACAUUGGCAUUACUAAAAGAGGCCGAAGAAAUAGAGAAGCAAUAUCCUCUUCUUACUUUAGAAGUUGCCAUGGGAAAACGAAUGUGUUACCUUGGUACUAAAUUGCUAAUAAAUAAAGCGGCAGCGAAGGGAUGCGAAAUUCUUGAAACAGGGAUAUCUCUGUUGAGUUCUGAAAAUACUGUACUUAAGGUGUUAUGCUCCCAGAUUCUUGCUUUGAUAACUCCUCACACAGAAAAGUCUUCCUACUACCGGAACAUUGUUUUAACUGAAUGCGCUAACAGACCAACAUUGUAUGCUUUCUUCAAAGCUAUACAAGAAGAUGAUUGCGCUGACGAGAAAGAGAAUGAAAAGCCAAAAGCUUUAAAUCAACCACUCAUUUUGCCGCUUGCUACUCUCAUUUUCAGUAUUGCGUAUGAAAAUGACAUGAAGGAUGUAAUGUAUAAAGUUGGUUUGCCAAUCUCCCAAUUACAGAAACAAGUUGAAGCGGAAGCACAGAACGACCGACUAUACUUGCCACUACUCUUUGACGUUGAAAUUAUCCUGGCAAGAGUUAAAAUAAAGCAAGAGACUCCAGCAGCGCUGCAGCUCGCUCUUGAUAAUUUUAUGGAAGAAAAUGGUCGGUUAAACCCCGAUACAGCCGUAAGGUACAAUGAAAUUGGAUUUAUUUUAUACAAACAGGAAAAUUAUGACGCUUCUUUGAAAUCUCAUUGUGAAGCACUAGACAUCAGACUGAAGCUUUAUGGGCACAACCAUGCAGAUACCGCGGAAAGCUAUUACAGUAUUGGAAAUACCCAAUUGGCGAAAGAAAACUACGAGUCGGCACUGCAUUCGUUCGAGAAAGCACUUGAUAUCAGACAAAAUCUUCACGGAAAAAUCGAUGCAGACGUUUUGGAAUUGUGUUUAAGAAUUGGAGAGACAAAAUCUCGCUUGAAAGAGUAUGAUUCAGCUGUGCAUUGGCACCAGCAAGCCCUGGAUAUUAGCGUGGCGCUCUAUGGAAAGGAACACCCAGCCGUCGCUGAGAGCUACUUCAGCAUUGCAGAAUGUCAGUGCGAAAUGCAAGAUUAUGAUUCUGCUCUGGAGUCAUGUCAACAGGCAAUUGAUAUCAGAUUAAAGCUUUUUGGAGAGGAGAGCGAAGCUACAAGCUACAGCUUUGACCAACUGGAAUUUAUACGAAGUCUAAAGAAAGUUUGCCAAUCAUCUAUCGAGCUACAAAGCAAAAAUUCGCUUUCUUCCUUUAAGAAAAAAAAAUAUUUUAAGAAAUUUUUCUCGAAAUAAGUCCAAAUUUCUUGGGAGAAUAAAAAUAUUUUUUCUGAAGAAAAUAUUUUUAUAAUGAGAAAAUCACUUUCUUAUCAUAGGCGUACCGGGCGGGGGGGGCGGGGGGGGGCGGUAGCCCCCCCCCAGGUUUUUGGGCAGUCGGGCAAUAUUCGAUCAACAGUCGGGCAAUUUUGGUUUGCAAUUUAAAAAAAUGGGACAAAUUCUGUCAAUUUUGUGUAAAAUUAAGUCAAUUUUUUGGCAAAUUUUGUGAUUUUUCGAAAAUUUGUGUUAUGUUCCUAAAAAUAUUGGUUGUCCGGAAAAUUUUUUUGACCCCUAAAAUGGUACACUGACCGAAAUUUUUUUGGCGACGGGGGGAGGGUCGCCAAAAUAAUUUUUCCGGAAAAAAAUUUUUGGUACUAGUCGGGCAGAAUCCCGAAAAGUCGGGCAAUUUUCUUUCCGCCCCCCUAAUUUUUUCCUUCCGGUACGCCCAUGUUUCUUAUUUUGAGAAAAACAAAACAUUCUUUAAGUAAUUUCUCUUAAUGCAAUUAUGCAAUCCUUACUUUAAGAAACUUGUGACAAAUAUUCUUGUGCAUGCACUUGCAUUUUAGAUUUAACGUUAUAAGUUCUUUGAAUUUUCUUUCUUUUUAGAUUUAACGUUGUUUUAAAAAUGACAAAUAUUGCUUGCAGUUGUUGUUGUUGUUGUUGUUGUUGUUGUUGUUGUUGUUGUUUUUGUUGUUGUUGUUGUUGUUGUUAAACGAAACAAAGAAACUUUUCAUGCAAAACAAAAAGUUUGAAUAAUUGCAUGGUAGUCCCAGGGGUACCUUAAAGUUGUCAUUCUGAAUGCACCGUUAAACUAAGAUUUUCACGUCAUUAGAGCGACGCGAAUGCUUGUUGAGACAUUGGAGGAGUUACAUAAAAUCAGGCUCGUAGUAGAUGUCAUGAUUAAUUCUAUAUGUAUGAGUAAGCCUGGGACGAUUAUAAUUAUUAGUAUAAAUAGAGCUUUUGUAAAUAGACUAUCAUAUCAUGAAAUAGUAGCUAGAAUAAAGAUAGUUCACCUUUUAUAAUCAUCAUACAACAGACACCGGGACCAUUUCCCCCGAACUUCCAGCUGUUUGAAAGGUUAUUUUAAAAAGCUUCAAUUUAUUCCAAUAAUCAAGUUCCUUAGCUCUCAAUUGUCGGAGCUGAAAUUGAGACCGCGUCCGUCGCCUUUUCUAAAGGCUGUCUACUAACAUUGAAAUGAACCUGAAAUUGGUCCAACAAAUUGUAAACGUAGCCUUAGAGAUAAUAAACUUCUUAGGAAUCGUAUUUGCAUUUCCAGGAAGUUAUCUCAUUCAAGAUUUUAUUUUCAAGAUAACAAGUUGUAGUAGCGAUAUAUCAUUCUACAGGGUGUAUCAAAAAAAACUGAACAGAUUUAAAAUUGCUCUCAAUUUCGCAAAACAGCUAUUUGUAGCUGGUUUUUUAUAUAUAUAGCUUCUUUGGGUACUUAUAAUGUAAAAUAAUGAAAAAAAUUUCUCGAACUUAAAUUUUGUGAACCAGGGGGGUGUGUCUUUUCCAACAAAAUAAAAAUGGCUCGCGCACAAAAUUUAAAAGCUGCAAUCAUAUUUUGAGAUAACAGAUGGACAAUUUGUUCGGAUUUUAAUUACUGUACAAAAUUUCAGACAAUUUGGUUUAGUUUAAGCCCCUUAACUAUUCACGCAAAGUUACAAUUUUCCCGAAAAAUCAGCUAUUUGCAUGCUUAAUUAAUGCAUUUGCCUAAUUUGCAUAUGUCAGCAAUAUGCAAAUUAGGUAAAGGCAUUAAUUAAGCAUGCGAAAGGCCGACUUUUUAGAACAAAAUGAAUAGUUAAAGGGCUUAAACUAAACCAAAUUGUCUGAAAUUUUGUACAGUAAUUAAAAACCCAACAAAUUUUCAAUCUAUUAACUCAAAAUAUGAUUACAGCUUUUAAAUUUUGUGCGCGAGCCAUUUUUAGUUUGUUGCAAAAGACACACCCCCCUGGUUCACAAAAUUUGAGAUCGAGAAUUUUUUUCAAUAUUUUACAUUAUAAGUACCCAAAGAAGCUAUAUAUAUAAAAAACCAGAUACAAAUAGGUGUUUUGCGAAAUUGAGAGCAAUUUCAAAUCUGUUCAGUUUUUUUUGAUACACCCUGUAUAGUCUAAAAUUGAAAAAAAAUUAAGGUGCAUGUUGAUUAGAAUAAAGUGCGCAAAGUUGCAUGCAUAUUAAAAUUAAAUGCGCCCAGUUGCAUGCUAAGUAAAACUAAGGGCAUGAAAACCAGUGCAUGCUUAAUUUAAAUUGAGUGCGCGCGUUGCAAUUUUCUUGCGCGCAAUAAAAGCAAAAUGUGCCAUAAAUGUAAAUAUAGAAAUGCACACAUCACAUCUUCAAAAUGCAUCCAAGUGUCCUAACAGCUUUUACAAACUAUCUUAAAAUAUGUUGGGCCAUUGGAUUCAUUUGCCACGCACCUUGUCCUGAACAUAUCUAAAAUAUUUUCAGGUUUCAAGGUUCAGAUAAAUAUACCCUUAUGUGGAACAAUUUGUUCAUAAAAAGAGAUAUAUUUGUCUUGCGCAAUCUGUAGACCGAAUUUUCGGGUGGUCUACAAUUUUUUUUGAACAUCUCGUGAGAUUUUUUGCUAAAUUCGUUGAUUUUGUUAAAUUAAAAUUUAUUAGUUAGAUGAUGUACAAAUAGAUAUGAUGUAAAUAGAUGUAGAUUAGUAAGAUUUUAUAUUUAAUGAAUGAUGUAAAUAAAUAGAAUAUAUAUGCUUUUUAUAUCAUUAUAUUGUAAACACAUUGUAAAUUAUGUGUCAAUAAACCAUUACCAUUUUUUUUUGUAAGAUUUUUUACUUUUCUGGGUUUUGGUAUCGCCCCCAGGGUUUUUCAGCAUCCGGACUCGUAAUCGCCAAGGUUUUUCACCAGAUCUUGCCAUCGACAGCUAGCUGUCCAUGGCACCUCUGGUUUUCCUCGGGCGAUUAUGUAUUUUUCGUUUGGCAAAAUAUUUAAAAAUUCCAAAACAAAAAACAGUGUCCGUGUUUGGGACGAAUUCAGUACUGUGCAGAAAAAAUGGAUUAUAUAGCUGUUGAGGUGCAUGUCUCAUUAUAUUCUGUGAAUGAAGUUACAUUCUCUGAAAUAUAUGCAGUAAUAUAAUUCCACAUUGUUAGACCUCACUUAAUGUCCAUCUUUUAAUAAAAACAUUGGUUUGCAAAGAUCUUCACCAUGACAGAUAUGCAUUAUUAUGUUGAACAAUGUAUCAGAACAGUAAUUUACAAUGGGUUAUUACAUCCACACCUCUCCCAUGGAGGAAAUUGGAAGUAACCCUCCUUCCCCCUUCGAACAUUCUACUAACAAUUAUUAUAAACAAAUUUUUCAACCCACCCCCCAACCAGCCAGUGCAGAUUUUGUCCUUGGGAGGAGGGUUGAUCUUUUCUGGAACAACCCAAUUUUGUUGAAAUACAAAGUUGCAGAUAAUAAAUUAAAAUCCAACUUAUUACCAGAAAAUUAAAUUUCCUGAUCUCUAGUCAAUGAUCAGUCUUGAAAAUUGCAAAGACACAGUACUUGUUCGUUUCUGGGUUGAAUUCCCAGAACACUGUAAAGUAGUUACUAAAAAAUAAUGUUUGUACUUUAUUAAUUAAAGACAUAUUCUUGCACAAAUUAGUUCAUUAUGAGGAACUGCCUAUUAUUUACGAGGGAGCUGGGGUGGGCUGGUUGGAUUGGGAGCUGGGGUGGGCUGGUUGGAUUGGGAGCAGAUCACAAGUUUUAAAAUAGUUUCUGGGGGGUGGGCCAAUGUAAUUAUGAAUGAGAGGGGGCUGAAGUGGGUUAGGGGCUAUAAUAGAUCACAUUUUACUUCUCCAGAUUUUUUAUCAAUCUCAUUUCCUCCGACCAUGUGCUGCCCAAUUCCCAGUUUCAACAAUCUUAAAAGAAUACCCUUGACCAGCUGUUUCGAUCACCUAUGUUCGAACUGAAUUUGUGUAGGAAUCGCCUAUGUUCGAACUAAAUAGUGAACCCCCCUCCUUUUUAUAUCCAGUCUGAAGCACCGACAGUCGAGUAAAUUGUGUUAAAAAAAAGUUUUUAAAUGUGCAUAAAGUUUGCACUAUCGUGUACCAUUUAUGUAUGCACUCGCAUAGUUACAUCAAUAUAUACACAACUAUUUCAAUUAAGGUUGUCCAUGAGCAAAGCGGAAAAGUCUAAUACGAGCACGAAAGGCUGCUGGGAAUCACUAACAAAUUAAUGAAUUUUCAAAGUGAUUCCCAGCAGCCUUUCGUGCUCAUAUUCGCCAUUUUUCCCGCUUUGCUCAUGGACAACCUUAAUUGAAAUAGCUGUAUGACAAUACAAUCUGCAUACAUAAUAUGAGCCAAACAAUCUUAUCGCCAAUAUAAUAUUGAUAGAUGCAAAGUCGGGCAAACUGCCAAACUUUAUGCUGCCUAUGCCUAAAGGGCCCAACAUUGAAUAUCAAUUGUAAUUCAGGGGCAUUUACCCCAGUAGGCCCUUUGCUUGUCCCAGUAGUGAAGCAUGAUUUUCAGAUGAACUGGACCCUUUUGAUCAUUAGUAAAAGGUUAUCCUUGUUGAAAGAGCUGCAUAUCCUCUCACAUUCUCGACAUUCCCUUUUAUAAAAGUCAGCACAGGCAGGGGCAGCGCUAAAAAGAGGGUUGUGUGGAACACCCCCAAUUGUGACAUUGUUGGGUAGUCUGCCGAAUUAUCUAAUGAGGCCCACCAAGGGGUUAUGACCGACAGGCGACAUUUCUUAAAGAGGCGACAGACUAUCUAAAAAAGAGCGACAAAUGACAGCUUCUGACUGGAAAAAAGCGAAAAAUUGUGAUUUGUGUUAUGAACUUAUGGGUCAAAAGUGACAGCGACGUUUAUUACAACAAAACAAGCGACAAAGCAGCUACAAAAUGAGUGACAGGCGACCUGGGUUAGACAGGUUACACCCUUGGUGGGCCUCUCUAAUCCCAGUUUAUAGAUGAAAAGAAAUACUAAUUAGCGUUUGAAAUUAGUAGGCAAUAUUUCACUUACACCCAUCCACCCCCUAUUCAAAUAGCUCUGGCGCUGCCCCUGAGCACAGAAUGGUUUUUAUGUACCUGUAUAAACUGUGUGGGGAAAAUAAUUAAGGCCCUUCAUAUUUGAGACUAAAGCCCCAGUAGUUGUAAUUUCUUAAAAAAUGCCCUGAUUAUUGUAUCAUGCGAUACAAUCAGUGAUUUUUAUACCUGCAAGUUGCACCGUUGCAGCUGCGCAGAGAAGAUUUGCUGAGAAGAUGGUUUUGAAAAUUUAGUAAAGUUGGAAGUUCUGAACGUGAUUAACAGUACUACUGUAUACAGCUCAGUGGCUCAGCCAACUUCGGAUUUUCCCGAUGUUCGCCCGAAGAGCAUAUUUCUAUAAAUUAUAAAAUAAUAUUUCAUUUUUGUUGAUUUUAAAAUGUUUAGCGAGCAAAAAUUGUUGUUACAAUCGUGGUUGGGUCGAAUAAUAUGUGAAAAACGAAAAUAGCGAGGGUAAAGAGAUUAAAAUUGGAUUUAAUGCGUUUAUUAAAAAAAUAUUGAAACUUUACCACCAAAUAUGGUAGUCCCCCCCCGCGCAUGACACCUGUGACCACAGAGUUUUUGGCGGGAAAAUUUGUGAUGUUUGGAGAAGACAAGAUGGCGCGCCUGUUUACUUCGUCUUAUCAAAGGGCAUUUUUGUUCACAAAUACCCGCUUAUUUUAUGUUACAGCGACUGGUUAGUUUUGGAAAUUAUAACUUAAUGGACAGGAGAAAAGAUUCUGUAGUGAAGAGAAAAAUAUAUUGACUUUUAAAGUCGUAUAUUGUGAUUUUGUUUGUUGUGAAAGACGGCCGGAAAUUUCGCUACAUCGCUAUACUGGAUAAAUGGACAACGCUUGAAUGAAAGAACAGCCUGUCUUAUUGGUAAGUUUUUAAAGGGUUUUUACUUUUCGGUAAUAUUUUUUAGUUUUAUACUGUAAAAGCUCUUCGCUCGUAGCGUUGUUUUUAAAGGCCAUGUAAAGUCCGUAAAUUAAACGAACGUUUUGUUUACAUUUUGAACUCAGUGCUAUACAGGGUGUCUCAAAAAAAACCAAAAUCAUUGAAAUAACGUAUUGUUCGAAUUUCAAUGCCGUAACACAAAGGAUUUUGACAGGGUGAUUAAUUUGUUUUAAAAAAAUAAAAUAUCUUUGUAAAGUGAACGUUUGUUUGCUCAUGGGAAUUUAAAAAUGCUUCGUAAAUUGUAAUAUGCGUAAUAUGCAUUCGUGGGUUUAGUACUUUAUGCCUGACAUAACAAGUUUACGCUGAGUAUUACCAUUCAUUAUAGCAGUUAUGUCAAUCUUUUAUGCACUCGUGGGAUUAACUUAGUGCUAGGGCAUUGAAUAUCGAACAAUACGUCAAUUUCAAUGAUUUUUUUUUUUUGAGACACCCUGUAGUUGUAAAAUAUGAUUAGAUAUAUAUUAUACUGAAUUUUUAACACUCUUCUGGUUCGCUAUACUUGUAAAUGAAUAUAGACAAGAGAUUCAAUUCAAGAAAGUUCGAAAUAUUAAUUAAUAACAUUCCAAUGGUUGGGUCCGGACCAUUGGAAUGUAGACCUGCCAGGGCCGGAUUAACCACGUGGCAGAUGCGGCAUAUGCCGCGGGCCUCGCGCUUAUGGGGGCCUCAUGCUUUACUGUGCCACGCCCAUUUUUACGAGAACACGCUCAUUUUCUAUUGGGACACACCCAUUUUAAGUGCCUCGCGAAUUUAGAUGCCUUGCAAAUUUAGGGAUCUCGUGCAUUUAAGGCCCCUAGGCUUUGGCAGUUUGCCCCAGGAAAAUAUGCAAUACCCAUAUGCAUGUAAUCUCCAGUUGCGCUGAGGUUUUUCAAGCACCCAAAUUAGCAAAAUAUAAAGGUUUCAUUGAUGUUUGAAACCAGUUUUAACCGGUAACGGAAAAUUAUUCAGAAAUCCUGGUGGGGAUAGCUUGGCUGCGAAAAUUGCGGUGAUUUAAAGAUAAAAUUGAAAACAAUUAUUUAACAAUUUUGUGUGUCUUUGAAUUCAAAGGUUUUCAUAACGAGGGGGGGGUUGGGGGCCUCGCGCUGAAAAUCUGCCACGGGCCUCGCGCGACGUUAAUCCGGCCCUGAGACCUGCACAGAACGGAAAGUAUUUUUUCUUUGUUAGAAUUUAAUAUAAGACUUUGGAACACCAUUUUACAUUUGUUUUAUUAAAGAUGCUGUAUUAAAGUCCGGAAUGUAAACAAAAGCUUUCUGCUGCUAUAUUGGUAAAACAUGAUGUUAGAGCUGCUCCCGAUUAAUCGAUCAAUCGAUUAAUCGAUUAUUUUUCCACAAUCGAUUAUGCUUAACAAUAAUCGGAUCAUAUAUAACACCACACAGUGUGAUGCGGGAAUGAGUUAAUUUCUUCCCGGAUUAAAAAAAUUUCGUCAAGAAUGGCCUUGAAACACUAAAUGACAAAUUGAUUCAAAACAUUGUGGGUCAAAUAUCAAUUUCACUCACAGCGUGCAAAGUUUACCAUAGUCUGAUCAGGUUACCAGUGUUGUGAAAAUAUCUUUAAAGUUUUUUUAUUAGAAGAAUUUAUUACCAUUUGCGUCCAACAUUGCAGCGUGCGGAAAUAAACCAAUUAUCCAUACGAGUCUGAAUCUCGCAAAUUUACUUAGGAGUGUCAAAG